UGCAUUCAAAAUCGCGCCAGUGGCGGAUAGGACGGUCCCAUCCAUCGCUGACUUACUUGGUGCUUGAUCAUACGCCUACGAAGUAUCUUACCUUUCAGCCCCAUUGGUAUAUUACGAUCCACGUACGCCCUGACCACGGAAGCCCUCGGAAUUCGCAACCGAACGCAUACUACAAUCCCUGACCGGCACUUCUUGAGUAUGACUUCGAAGCUUCCGGGCGCCAAGUAUUCUGACCUCCCAAGAGUGAAGCGAGUAUCGCUUCAUUUAGAUGCCCAUUCCAAGAAACGUCGCAAAAUCGAUCAGGCUUCCGAUCCUCGAUCACCUUUGGUGCAACCUGCGUGCAAUCCAAAGCAACCUGUCACCUUCAACAUACCAUUCAGCGUCCCUGGCUUAGUUCUGGUAUGUGGCGUUGGCGACACUGGUCAGCUUGGACUAGGGCCUGAUAUAACCCAACGGUCUAGGCCAUCCCGAUUCGGUAGCACGAGCUUAACUGCACUUGGAGUGGACGAAGUCGGUCUUGAGUCACUCACUGUCCAAGUAUGUGCCGGUGGUAUGCAUACAGUUUGUUUAACCUCGGGAGGUCGUGUCCUGACCUUCGGAUGCAACGACGAGGGAGCCAUUGGCCGGAAGACAUCCGAAUCUGUUUCAGCUUCUGGAUCUCCAGCCCCACCAAAAGAACCACAUUUAGAGGCAUCGAAAUGUUCCCCGAACGAGCACGGAGAUCCUGUUGCAGACGAAACCCGACCUGCAUACGUUUCCUUGCCUCCGGGCAUCAAAAUUCGCAUGGUAUCUGCAGGUGAUAGCCACACUGCCGCCCUAGAUUCCGAUGGACAAGUAUGGAUAUGGGGCACGUUCCGCGGUCCUAAUGGUCCUAUUGGCUUGACACAACCCGGGGAAAUUAGCAUGACUCCAAAGCGAUUGCUUGCUCCUCCAUCGGUCUCCGUCCAGUCAGACCCACGAUCUGCUUCGACCUCCUCGUCGAGCAGUUCUCACUUGAUGCCUGGGAUACGUGUCAUCAAGAUUGCAUCAGGACAAGAUCAUUUGGUUUGCCUAACAGAGGAAGGACGUCUUUAUACAAUGGGCUGUGGAGAACAAGGUCAACUCGGCCGCAUUGCAGAGCGUUUCGCUCGCACAGGCGGACGAUCUGGCAUAGGCGCUCUCCUCCAUCCAACCGAGUGCCGUGUCCGUGGUUCCGUUCGCUUCUCAGACGUAUGGGCUGGAGGCUAUGCGACCUUCGCUCGUUGUCAGGCGUCUGGUAGCAUUUACGCUUGUGGCCUGAAUAACUACGGUCAAUUGGGACUCAAAAAGCCCAUUACGCGCACUGCUGUGGCGAAUUCCAGCACCCACAACGGUGGGGGUCUGGAUGACGAUGAAGAGGAUGUGAUGGAAAGCCAUGAGGAUGUCGCUGAAGAUGCUGAUCUUUCCAUAGAUGCAGUACGAGUACUUACGGAUCGGAAUGAAGCGGACAAGUCAGAAGCCGCUCUGAUUACGCGACAAGGACCGCUCGUACAAUUCAUGCUCACUCGUGCUCGUGGAUUUGCUCCAGACAGAGACUGGAAACAAUUUGCGGUUAGUGUUCACCACACCCUAGCCCUGGAUGCCGCCGGUCAUGUCUACUCCAUCGGCCGCUCGGAUUAUGGUCGCUUGGGUCUGGGGAAAUCCGUUUCGUCCGGUAGCAUCCCGGUUUCACAGCCAACCAUGGUGCAAGGACUCUUGUCCAAUCGCACCUGCUGUUGGGUUGGUUGUGGAGAGGCGUGCUCCUUUGCUGUGGACACUGAAGGUACUGCCUACUCCUGGGGCAUGGGAAGUAAUCAACAAUUGGCAAACGGCGAUGGCGACGAUGAUGAGGACUGUUGCGAGCCUGGGAUCAUCAAAGGCAAGCAGAUUCAGCAUCGGCAUGUGUCCAUGGUGGAUGCUGGAGGUCAACACACUGUUCUGUUGGUACACUCGACGCCACCCGUUUUGCCGGAACCACAGCCCGGUGAUGCCCUCACGACUGACACUACAUCUGAAGCCACCAUGGACAUGGGUCCAGACGCGGUGGGAACCUCAACUGAGAUCAACGGGAUGGACAUUGAUCCCCUCCCACCUGUCGAUUUUCCCAUGGAUGCAAAAGCCAUUGACAGCCUUUCGGCACAAUUAAGCGCACAAACUGCCGACAAGGCAACUGUCGAUUCAGACCCACUUCCUCUGGACUCUUCCGCUGCCCCCAUGUUGGUCCCUCCUGCUGGUUCCGGCGUACCACUAGCAAGACGCAUUCGCCAUUUGAGCCCUUGUUCCCUCACGUUGCGAGCACCCGGUGGUGACAGCAACACAGGCAGCACGGCUGGAGCGACGGUUAAUAGCAGUGUGCACAGUUCAGCCAUCUCUGAUACCAGUUCCAUUGGAUCGUGUGCUUCGAACACGAGUACCAGCAGCCAACUGAACAGCGCUAAGAGCACCGACGGCGGCGGAACUAGUCGGUGUGGUUCAUUUGACACCUACAGUGGAUAAGAAGGCGUAGGCGAUGUGCACACUUGGGGACAUGUCAUUCGUUUCACGCAGUAACUGCGGAUACACCAAUAUGCUUUUUUCUCUGCAUUCAACUCGAUAGAAGGAGUGGAAACUUUCCUCUUCGUCAUCGUAUACUAAUGUGUUCCCAGAGACAGAUGUUCCCAAACAUUGACUAUUCGUCGUUGGUUGUGUGAAUGAGGCAAAUGACCACUGUUCAGACUUUUAGAUGGAGUGCCUGCGGCUAAAUCUUACUCUUUGUUUAUCCUACAUACAUCCCCUCUCAACUGCACGAAUCAACACGAUACAGGUUAGCUGCUCACGCUACCAGCGCGCGAGGCGUGUUGCAUGUACCCAGCUCGUUUUUCAAUUUCUUUCCAACACUAAAGAAAAUCUGUAUCAAAUCAAACGAGCCAGACCAGGUCACUGAUGCGGCACUAUUCUACAGUUCACAGAUGUAUCUGUAUCCACACUGUCUAGGCUGCACUCCGUCUUAUCUGCAAACUCCUUUUCGUAUGAAUUCAGUCCUUUGUCAACGAUGACUACGACAAGCACGACUUUCCUAACGGGUUCUCUCCUUUUUGCUUUUUCUUUGUCAUCGGGUUGGAAACACGGAAAAUGUGUUGGUGUAUCCUUCAAGUCUACGUGAACCGGUACCCCGAGUGACCUCAGUGUGUAAUUGCCAUCUUCCACGUGUGCAUAUUUCAUACCUCAUCCGAACUUUUGACGUAUAACUUCAUUUGCUGUGGAAUCUCUGUAACCUUGUCAGAUUAUAAUGUUUUUCAUUUACACUAUCGUGUCAUAACAGUGUGCAUAUUUCUCUUGUAUUCUUAUUUGUUUUGCUGUUCCAUCUUUAAUUUGCCAGAUGCGAUCGCGUGUUUGGGCUGUUUGAGUCCAUGUGUUACCGGUUAUCGUGCCUGAGCAACAAGAGAUCCACAUCUGGUCUCACACGCGCUAUGACAGCCUAGGUUUCCAUCUAGUGUCUACGGUCGGCCCAGUGUAUUGGAGUUAGGCCAUUCGGAAACCACUUUAUCAUGCUUUUUGUGCAUCCCAAUCGUUACUCAACUGUUUGAUGCGCUAAUGAUCUUUCUUUACUGUGCUUUACCAUGGGUUUUCUCGCAAUU